AUGGUGAACGCCAAGGAAACGCCCUCCAAGGCCGCAGCGUCCGCGCUGUCGGACCUGGAGCUCAAAGACUCCAAGAACAACCUCUCCGGCCGGCUCGGCGCGGUGCCCGAGAGCGCGGGCGAAGACGCGGCCGCGCUGGAGCUCAAGCUCAGCCAGGCCGCCGAGCAGCACCGGCAGUUCCUCAAGUCGCACCACGUGCACCGCCACCAGCUCAAGGAGAUGGAGAAGGAGGAGCCCCUGCUGAUGGAGAACAAGCGCCGGUUCGUGCUGUUCCCCAUCAAGUACCACGAGAUCUGGCAGGCGUACAAGCGUGCCGAGGCGUCGUUCUGGACCGCGGAGGAAAUCGACCUGUCCAAGGACCUGCACGACUGGAACAACCGCAUGAACGAGAACGAGCGCUUCUUCAUCUCGCGCGUGAUCGCGUUCUUCGCCGCGUCCGACGGCAUCGUCAACGAGAACCUGGUCGAGAACUUCUCCGCCGAGGUCCAGAGCCCCGAGGCCAAGUGCUUCUACGGCUUCCAGAUCAUGAUGGAGAACAUCCACUCCGAGACCUACUCGCUGCUGAUCGACACCUACAUCAAGGACCCCAAGGAGAGCGACUUCCUGUUCAACGCCAUCGAGACCAUUCCGCAGAUCAAGGAGAAGGCCGAGUGGGCCAUCCGCUGGAUCCAGGACGAGGACGCGCUGUUCGCCGAGCGCCUGGUCGCCUUCGCCGCCGUCGAGGGUGUGUUCUUCUCGGGCUCCUUCGCCGCCAUUUUCUGGCUGAAGAAGAAGGGUCUGAUGCCGGGCCUCACCUUUUCCAACGAGCUGAUCUGCAGGGACGAGGGCCUGCACACCGACUUUGCAUGCCUGCUGUUCGCCCACCUCAAGAACAAGCCCGACCCAGCCAUCAUCGAGCGCAUCAUCACCGAGGCCGUGGAGAUCGAGCAGCGCUACUUCAGAGACGCCCUGCCCGUGUCCCUACUGGGUAUGAAUGCCGAUCUGAUGAACCAGUACGUCGAGUUCGUCGCCGACCGCCUGCUGGUCGCCCUGGGCAACCAGAAGUUCUACAACGUCACCAACCCUUUCGACUUCAUGGAAAACAUCUCGCUUGCGGGCAAGACCAAUUUCUUCGAGAAAAGAGUAUCGGAUUACCAGAAGGCAGGCGUCAUGGCCAAGUCCACCAAGGCCGAGACCGAGGGAGGCGAGUUUGCGUUUGAUGAGGAUUUUUAG